AUGUCUUCUGAAGGUCGCGCAUAUAUGAACUACCCUCCAGCAAUUGAGGGUCCAUCGGUACCCUACAAAAAUGAAGAUGCGUCUAUUCCCAUUUUCCGAGGGACUCCUCUGGCGAUCGGUGCGACACUAAUACAUAACAUCGGUUUCAUCCAAAGUCACUUCUGGCGAACUGCUGGUUUUGGCGUCAUCCAUAAAGUCCCUCACCUCCCUCUGUACGCCGGACGAUCCGACCCAAGCGUGAUUCCCGUUGAGAAAAACCACACCACCGACGUACCAACGCCUGUUGUCGCGAAGCGCAAGGGAAAUAAUGGAUACUACACUUCCGCCGACUACCAUGAUCUAUAUUUGUCGGGCGAGUUGAGUCCAACCGUUGUUGUUGAAACACUCCUCCCUUUAGUCCGUCGGGAUGUCAGCCCAGCAGGCAAGCAUUCGAUCGCUUUCCUUGAAUCACAGGUUGAUAUAAUCCGCGCCGCUGCAGAAGAGUCUACCAAGCGGUAUAAGGAAGGGAACCCUCUUGGACCCCUUGAUGGUGUACCCGUUGCGAUUAAGGACGAGGUCCAUAUCACCGGCUACAAACGCACUCUGGGCACGAAGUUGGAUUUCAAGGCUGGUAAUGAUGGUACUUCUUGGAACCCCCAUAACAAGGAAUAUUACUGUGGUGGUUCCUCAGGAGGAUCCGGAUAUGCAGUCGGAGCUGGUAUUGUCCCAAUCGCGCUGGGUGCAGACGGUGGUGGCUCAAUUCGUAUCCCAUCAUCAUUCUGCGGUAUCUGGGGUCUCAAGACCACUCAUGGUCGUGUUUCCGGGGCACCAUCUCUCAGUCUCGCGCCUACAGUCGGUGUCCUGGGACCAAUGGCAUCCAGCAUCGAUGAUCUCGCCAUUGCGUACCGAGUGAUGGCCGCUCCAGCUCCAGAAUCACAGGAUCCAACCUCCUCACUUUUCUCUCAGCCAGUUCCCCCACCAGCUGACAGAAAGCGAACCAAGACCAUUGGCAUCAUGUCAGACUGGAUAGAUCGCGCCGAGCCCGCUGUCCGGGAAGUAUUUGACAGAGCUCUGGCCUAUUACCGCGAGAACGGUUAUAACGUCGUCGACAUCACCAUCCCAUACCUCCCAGAAGGCCAGCGCGCCCAUGCAUUGACCAUCUUAGCCGAUAUCGCAUCAGGCGUCGACGCAAACCAGAUCCGUGAACUGACUGCGCCUAAUAAAGUCCUUGUAUCAAUGGGCAUGUACCAAAUCACUGCACAGGAUCUCCUUGCAUCUCAACGCCUACGGAACCUCCUCAUGACCCAUCUCGCAUAUCUUUUCCAGAAGCACCCUGGUUUGCUAAUUCUAUCUCCCUCCACACCUCUUCCUGGCUGGCACAUCUCGGGAGGUGAAUCCGAUCUUGCCCGAGGUGUAUCAGAUGGGGGCAGAUCCGUGCGGAACAUGGAAUACGUAUGGCUGGCUAAUUUCACGGGAUGUCCAUCUAUUAAUUGUCCUGCUGGAUAUGAUCCUGCAACUGGUGUGCCUAUCGGUAUUAUGGCCAUGAGCGAUUGGGGAACGGAAGAAGAAUUGAUUGACUUUGCGCGAGAUGGUGAGCCCAUACUGGAUCUUCCUGCCAACCAGCCACCCGGUGCUACUGAGUCAGAUGUACUUUCAGAAGGCCUUCGCGCUCCUUCUUCUGAGGGUACUGUUUGGGAAGAUGUUAUUGCUAGGGCACUGGAGGCUCAAUCUGCAUAA